CUGUAACUAAAUUUUAACAAUUGAGAGAAACUACUUAACUAUGAGUAGUGAAAAAAUUAAUAUCAUUGCCAAAUAUAUUUGUGAAUGUUAUGAGAAAAUUUUAUAAUUUUAUGCAAUACCAGUUAAAAGAAAUGAAAUAUUUGGUUUUACACUAUUUUUAAUCGGUAAAAACAUCGUAGACAACAUUUUAUAUCAUGAAUAAAUUACAUAUUUCUAUACUUAUAUUUUUACAUAAUGACAUAGCCACAACUAUUGACUUUGCAAUGAUGCAUCAGCCGUAUCUGUGUGGUCAACAGUAUAAUAAUAAUAAUGUUUACAUAACGUACGCCGUGUGUAACCGCAGCGCGAGGUUUGAGCCGUGUCGCCAUUCCCUGCCCGUCGUCUUCUCCCGAGUGGCCGUACGCAGGCGCUCCCCGCGUGGCCCGCGGCAACUACUUGCAGCUGGCCUGCAGCGGACAGCUGGCUCCCUCCGUGAAACACGAAGCAAAGUUUCGCGCGCUUUGAGCCUGUUCAAUGCAGUUAUUUUGUAAGCGUUUGUGAGUUGUGAGAGAAGCGUGUUUUCUGGCAGAGCAGAGAUUGUUUGUCUGUGAAGCAUGCCGAAGAGCCGAAUACCACCGAGCCGGAGAUACAAAAGAAGUAUUAAAUCUAAGAUCAAGCGAAGGUUUUGGAGGGAAAAAAAAGCACAACUUUACUAAACGGAGAAAUAUUCGACACAGGCAAGGUAAGUAAGCUGUGGAUUUAAGUGUACAUUUCAGCUACAAUAUUCCUCGCAAUAAUUUUGGUAGUGGCAUUAAAUAGAAACUUAGGUAUACUUAUGUACGCGCGUUAGAAGUUGUACAUUCUUGGCAUAGUAAAAACUUUAAUUACGCAUGAAAAUGAUUAAUAGAAAUAAAAUAAUACAUACGAUUGGUGAAGUGUAAAGCCGGAGUUACAAUAGCCCGUCGCCUCCGUCCGUCGCCUCCACCCGUCAGUCACGUGAUCUUCGGCCAAUCAGAGAGUCCGAAAAAUUUCAUCCGUCCGUCCGUCCGUCGAAAGUUUAUCAAACUCAUACUUUCGACGGACGGACGGAUAGAUUAUGUCUGUGGUUUCAACUGUGAUAGUCAAUUGUCACUAGAUUAAAGGCCUAUGGUAUUUGUAUUGUCUCUUUCGGAUGGUUUUAUUAUGAAAUUUGCGUUUCUUAAAACUCAUUUCCAAUCAAUUUAAUUAUGACUCUAAAGUUUUCCAGUGAUAUACUAAUACAACAUGUGCAAAAACAUGAUGUAAAUAUUAAAUAACAUCGAUAUAAUAUUCUGAGAGAUAUACACUGUUGGUAGUACUUACUUGGGAAAAUACUUUGACGGACGGAUAAAAUCGCGUUGUAAAUCGUUUGCGAGCUGCGUGGUUUUGACGGAUUUAAAAGUGACGGACGGAUGGCGGACGGAGGCGACGGACUAUUGUAACUCCGGCUUAAGUUCAAUCAAAUAAAUAUGUAUUCAAUAUUAAGUAUUUAGCAAGGCCGUCUUAAACUAUGCUGGGGCCCUUGGGCACACCAGAAUUUGAGGCUCUUUUGGAAAGUAAAGAUAGCGAAUUAUACUAACUUUUUUUUUAUUAUGAUCUUCUAUUUAUUAUGGGCAAUCAAAUAAACAAUAUAACAUCUAUUUUAGGCCUCGUUUAGACUGUGUAGCUUGACUUUGGAAUUGGAGUGGUUUACAUUUUUGAUCGCUAGAUGGCAUAUUUAGUAAAUUAGGAUCCGUUCUGAAAUAUUAUUAAUUAGUGCAACCCGCAAACAAGCAUUUUUACGGCGGCGCUGUUAGGUACUGUGCUCUACAAAAAUGUUUUGAGAAUAAAUGUGAGAGCAAUUGUUGGUCCUUCGGGGCCCCAUAAGGAUGGGUGGCCCUGGGCACGGGCCCCGUGUGCCCUUAUGGUAAAGUCGGUAUUGGUAUUUAGUAUUUAUAAUUCAGAAAUCAAUAUUGAUAUAAACUCAUGUAUAAAUUAAAUAUUUUAAUUUAGUAAACUAAUCGAGAUUAAUUGUAAUUAAUAAUGAAAAUAUAUAACUUAUACAAAUAAAUCGUUAAUACAGAAUCACCACCUCACCUUUUAUAAAAACAGUUGAAAAAGUUUAUAAAUACAAUUUCUAACACUAAUAUUCACAAUAAAUAAAUAGUUUUAAUAACAUGAACCAGUAUUUGUAUGUAGCCUUUUUUCAUCCCAUCAAUAUUUGUUGCUGGUGCGCACAUAUUGUAAAAAUUCAUUCAUACAUUUUUCCGUAACGCGGCUAAAGAAGUAUAACUCCAAAAAAAAUGUGUUUUGUACAUAGCUGCUACUUGUGUCCGGUUGAAACAUUGAAAAACAACAAUGACAUUUAUAUCACGAAAGCUGGUUAAUUGGGAAUUACAUUAAAUUUCUAGCACAUUACUUUCACCCAACCAUCAGUACUACAGUAGGUAGGUAUAUUGUAGCGACCCGAGAGGCGAAAUUCUGCAUUGGUAAAUAAAAAUAAAUUAAAUAAAUACUCAUUAUUUAACAUUUAAUUCCAUAAGAUAAUCUAGAUAAAUUUUAUUUAUAAAAAAAAUUAAUACGCAUAAUAUUUGUAAUAAUAAUCUAAUGUUUAAAGGGUGUGAAUGGUUUUCGCUACCAGUACCUACUAAAUUAAAAUACUUAACCGAGUUGCUAGAAAGUUUAGACGAAAUCUGGAUUUAACUUACACGUGUAGGUAUUUACAAAUGAUACAAAAUAUUUAUACUGGUAAAUGUUAAGAAUUAUAAAUUGAGAUAAAAGUUUACAAAAGUUAUCACUGAAGCGAAAUUUAAAAAAAAAUAUACUACAGUUAACCACUACUUAGAAAAAUAUAAUCAGGAAAUAUGCUGAACUGUCACUUCUACGACUUUAGAUUACAAAUUCAUAACUUUUAAAUUAAAGUAUUUUUAUAUUAAUUGUAAUUUUAAUACAGAAGUGAUGUUUUGGUAACAAUGUCAGGUUAGAACACAGACGUCUGAAAGUAUUAUUAAAACAUUAAAUUUAUAUCUAUUAUUUGCAGAACAAAUUCAAGUUUAUAAGUGAUUAUCAGGUUAUAUCUCUUGCAUGGACUUUGAAAUUGCCAUAGUAACCAAUUUAAAAAGAGUAAUGGAUGUGUAAAUUCUGCAUACAUAAAAAAUUCAUAGCACGACACGUGGUUGUUUACCUGCGAAAAUAUAUUUUUUGCGCGUGCCAAGAGCUGUGUGAUGGUUGGUUUCCUGUCGUUAGACCGAAUGAUAUGUCCACCAGGAUCAAACAAUGUUGCAGCGGAGGACAUAGUUGCCAGCUGCUCCAGACUAACCGACCACACCACUACGUACUUACUCAUAUACAUAGUUCAGGGGAAUGCAAACGCAAACGACCGAUCAAUUUUGUCGGCUAUAGUUUCGGUGCGGUGAAUUCAAAAGUAGAAAACAUCACCUUAUUAAUAUUUACAUUUACUUAUGAUUACGUAUUUUCAAAAUAAAAUUUUCAGUUUAAAAUUCACAAUAUUCUUUUAACUGCGAUAAUCCUUUUUUUCGAGUUUUCAAUUGGUAUUUAUUACUAAAAUUAUUGAUAUAUUAAUUGAUAGCAUGCCAAGAAAAAAGGAUACAGAAAGAAACUCGUGAAAACUAGGCUGGACAAAUAAUGUGAAUAAUCAUAAGAAACUUUUACGGUGAAUGUGUAUAAAUUUGUGACCAGCCGCGAUGUCUUAGGUUCAGGAGUACUUAGUAGUACUUAGCUCCUGAUUGUGGUCUAAAUAUGAAUUCGAACAAGGAUGUGUUUUCACAAAAACCUUUCAUUCGGAGAAUUUAUCAUCAUUGUAGGACUUAGAUCUCAAUGAACCUAAAUUUCCUGCAAUGUAAUUACUACACCUAGACAGAAACGGUGGUUAUAAAAAGUAAAAUAUUUAUAUUACAUUUACCUUUUGAUGAGUGCUUAGUUAUUAUGUUUACAAAAUUUUCAGAUCAGGUGAAGAAAUAUCCAGCUCAGAAAAAAGAUCACUUUCAAUAGCUGAUCACGAGAAACCCAAGGAUUCCUGUGAUGACUUCAAUUAUUUGGACAAUAAUUACGAGGAAAGUGAAAGUGACUUCCCCGAAAUUGUGGUCGAACAUGACAAUAAUCACAUGCCUCUAGAAGAAAGACUGCUGGGAAAUAGAUGUGUAAAUAUUUGCCACUUGAUGAAAGAAAUGGCAGUAAUAGAGGAGCAUAAAAAAACCUGUACUUUGGGAAAAUUCAUUUUCAAAUCUGAAAUUCGCUGUGGACUCUUUUCUACAUGGAAAUUCCAAUGCGAAACUUGUAAUGAAAUAAAAAAGAUUACCUCACAUGAACCAAAAUAUUUUGAUGACAUCAACGAUAGUGUAGUAUGGGGUGCUCUGUCAAUAGGAAUCGGACACAGCCAAGUAGAAGAAUUGCUCUCUAUAAUGGAUAUUCCUUCACUUUCAGGAGAAAAAUUUAGAAAACACGAAUCUUCAAUUGAACAGGUAAAACCAAAAUCUUCGUACAUUUUAUAAUAUAUUAUUCUACUAGAUAGUAAAGUUAUAGUUAUUAGCCGAGUUUCUUAUUUACAUCACUAUAUACGAUUAUUCAAAAUACGUGUUACAAUGCAAGAAGUUUGGUAUGAUACGGCCAAUCUAAUAACAGUUACUAGUAAACAUGGAAUCAGAAACGAGUAGUUACUUUUAUACAGGACGUCAAAGUAUGUUGGUUGGGCAAUAAAAGUGAUAAGUGAUAUGCGCUGACCUUGCAAUUAAUGCCAUCUAAUAGUUGGUCAUAAAGUUAAAGGUUAAAGAGACUGUUAGAAAUGGUAUCCAGCUAUACGGAUGCACGGUUGAUAACGACGGAGCAUGUUGUUUUCAGCCGUCGUUAGACGGGGCGGGAUAUCACAAUGGCGCCACAUUCCCCUGACCUCAUCAAGAUAGACUUUUCUCUGGGGCUACAUGAACUCACUAGUGUACGAGACUCCCGCGGAUUCUGUGAUGAACCUCAUCACUCGCAUUGAUUCUGCAGAUGCUGACGUUUAGGCUGCCCAAGACGUCAUAACAAUGGCUGAAGACAGCAUGCUCUGUCUUUGUUAAUUGUGCAUCCGUGAAGGUGGCUGCUAUUUUAUACAUUUAUUUUUAAUUUAGUGAGUAACUUCUGGAUGGCAUAAAUUGCAAGGUCAACGCAUACCACGUUGAUUGUUGGUAGUAUUCCAACAUACCAACAAACUUUGACAUCAUGUAGCAAAGUAACGACUCGUUUACAAACCCAUGUUUUCUAACAACUGUUGUUCCACUGCCUGUGUACUACCAGCUCUACUGCAUUGUAACACAAAUUUUUAAGCAGCUUACAUACUUUACAUUGGUUUAUAAACACUGAACUAAAUAACUGAAGGCUAUAUAAGUCGUAAAGUGAAAACUUAUGUCAUAACAGUUAAGUUAAAAGACUCCAAAAAUUAUACAAAUCGUUAUUUUCAGGCCUGGGAAACAUAUUUGACAGAAAAGAUUCAAAAAUAUGGCGAAGAAGAGAAGAAAAUAGCAGAAGGCAAUGAACAUUUUUGUAAUGGAAUUCCAUACAUAACAGUUGUAGGUGAUGGUGGUUGGGGAAAACGCACUUACGGACAUGGAUAUAAUUCAUCUACAGGAGUAGCUGUUAUAAUUGGACAAGAAACCCAAAAAAUUAUUUUUCUUGGAGUCAAAAACAAAUACUGUAGCAUUUGUUCCUUGGCAAAAUCAAAACACAAAGAUGUAUCAAAACACGUGUGCUACAAAAACCAUACAGGUUCUUCAACUAAAAUGGAGAGAGAUAUUAUCUGCGAAGGAUUCAAUCGCAGCAUUGAAAUGCAUGGACUCAUGUAUAAGCAUUAUACUGGAGAUGGGGAUUCUGCAGUUAUUGCAGCAAUUCAACAAACAUGUAGCUACGGACGACUAGUUACAAAAGUAGAGUGUGCUAACCAUGCUACUAGGGCAUUUUGUGAGAAAAUGCAUAAGUUAGCAACAAACACAUCAUACCCAUUAGAAGGUAGAAAACUUCUUUUGGAGACUACUGUUGAUAGUAAAAUAUCAAGACUAGAACGACUAGUCAAAGGAGUUAGAACGGCAAUAAAAGAAUCUGCUAAACUUGAUGGCAUUUGUGCAGUUGAAACACUUAGAGCAGAUUUGCGAAAUGCUCCAGAACACGUGUUUGGGUGCCAUGAAAAUUGUAGGUCAACAUUCUGCAAAAGAAAAUCAACUGGAGAAACAAAUCUUCUUCCUGACCUGGAAAAAUCUGGACUCCUCCGACCUCUCCGAAUUUUAAUAGCUAAUUUGGAAAAGAAAGCUGACAAACUCGUUAGUAACAGCACCACGAACUCCGCAGAACGGUGAGUACCAUUUAAUAUUUUCAUAGCUUAUGUAUGUUAAAUAGUUUAUAAGCUUAUAUUUACAAUGUUAAAUAUUAUCCUAUAUGUGGGCAAUGUUUGUUACAGGUAUAUGUCUCUAAAUACUAAGUUUACUGGAGGUAAACGCAUUGAUUUUGGUAAACGAGGAAGCUACUACAGACGUUGUUAUGGAGCAGCUAUCGCACACACAAAUGGCCCGGGCUGGCAUUCUAGUCCCUGGAAGAAAAUGCACGGCCGCAGUCCCGGUUCAGUGUGUAAACAACUAUGCCACAAACGUGAAGAGAAGUCUUCGAAACGAAAACUUUACUAUCAGGAAAAAGGUGCGCCCAAAAAAAAAAAGGAAACGAGGAGGAGGCCCCGAUGAACACUAUGGAGAUGAAGAUUUAAUACCAGAACAAGAUUUGGCAUACCGCUGCGACCAAGUUUUACGUAAGCUUAAAGAAGAAGCUGACACCAAAGAAAAAAUAUAUUCCAUAGAGAUCGCAACACGUGGUCAGCAUGAUAGUGAAAAAUGGCACGAGUAUCGCCUCAAUCGUCUUACUGCAUCAAAUUUUGGAACAGUUAUCAACAGACGCGAUAACACAUCCUGUCACAAUUUCGUCCGAAAUUUGUUAUUUCCUAGGGAAUUUAAUUCUUUAUCAGUAAUGUAUGGGAGGGUACACGAACCCGAAGCAUUGUUAAAAUACAGUGUUGCAAAAGGAGUGACUGUAAACCCAUGUGGUCUCUUUAUUUGUGGUGAUCAACCUUUCCUUGCUGCAACUCCUGAUGGCCUGGUGGAUGAAGAUGUGAUAGUAGAAGUUAAGUGUCUACCCUCUGUAAAAGACAGAAAGUUAGUGGAUGCAGUACAAGACAAAAAAUCGUCAGUUUGUUUGGAAUUAAAAAAUCAUCAGCUACGAUUAAAAAGAAAUCACAAAUACUACUAUCAAGUUCAAGGGCAGCUGAACAUUUCAGGGAGAAGAUAUUGUGACUUCGUAGUAUUAACCGAAAACAAUUUCUUCGUUGAAAGAAUAGAAAAAGAUGAGAACCUAUGGAUGAAUGUGAUGAUGCCAAAACUCCAGAAAUUUUAUAUGAACUGUGUAUUGCCAGAAAUUGUAGAUAGCAGAAUCAAGAGCCAAAUGAGUAUUCGAGACCCAGUCUAUAUUAUUCAAGCACAGGAAGAAAUGAAAAAGAAAGCGAAAUCUAAGAAAUAAGGCGCUGAAGUGUUUUCACAUCAAAUUUGUGCAUAUGUAUAAUAUAAUAUUAAGUAAAUGGCGUAUUGUUUGAGUAAAUUUUCCAAUAACUUAUUUCCUAAAUCUUAACAACUGACAAAAAUUGGCACCGCAAGACUUCGUUAUUUUAAAUCUCCAUAACGGUGCAGUGUUAAUUAUAUUGUGUUCAUAUUUGUAAAUACUCUUCACAAAAAGAGUUAUGUUAUGUUAGUUUUUGAGCUGCACUACUCUUAAAAAUAUUAUUGUUACAUUUUUUACAACACAUCUUGAAAUAAUAUGCAAUAACAUUAUUUGGAUUCGUUAUAGUAGGCCUACAGCAUUACGAACUCAGGAGAAUAUUUAAGAAUGUGUUUGGUAACGAAAGUGUUGAACAAUUUAAGCUUAAAACAAUUUAAAUAUCGCAAUGUUCUAGACAUAGUUCGAUGUCCAGUGACUUGCAAGUUAAAAAAAAAUAAAUACCCAAUUCUGUGAUAGAUUAAAUAAACUUAUUUAAGAUGCUACCAACUAUGUAAGAGAACUAAAGCGACUCGAAGCAGAGACCAUUCCGGCGUCGAUUAUGAGAAGACGGAUGGGUUUCUGCACUCGACGUAGUGUACUUGAAUUGCUGCAGUUCUCAUUGUCCUCAUACUGCUACCGACUACACCGACGGAACACCAUCAGCCACGACGCAUACUAUAUACGCCUCUCUGUCUCAGCAAGCGUAAGUCAUUCCAAAUCAAAGUACCAUUUGUGUGUGUGUGUGUGUGUGUGUGUGUGUGUGGGCUCUAGUGCUUUAAAAUAAUAUUUUAUAAAUAUAACGUUUAUUCCGGUUUGGCCUAGGCGCAUGGCGGAAGUAUUGAAAUACUUCCAGGGUAUUUAAGUGUUGUAAUUUAUUGUGUGUAGCUACUAUAUAUUUAUACUUUGGUAUAUGUUUUCUAAUUUAAUCUUCACGAUCAAAACUAUUUUAGUAUUCACUAUAUUUGUUUGAAAUUGUAUCAGAUAUCAUAAUUUUAAUUUAUAUUGUGUAAUAUUUAAUUAAUUUGGUCAUUUGGUAUAUAUCAAAAACAGUUUUACAGUCAUUAAUGCAAUUUUAUCUGUUCUCUGAGCAUUCCUCUUUCUGUAAAGAACUUAUGUCACUGCUUAGGCACAGAGAGUACACGAGCUGCAGCCAUCGGCAAGUGUUUGUUUGAUGUUUGCAGUCUGUUAGGAUACCGAGUCCUAGGAGCUGCAACACAUAAAUCUUUAAUAUAUAUAUAUAUAUAUAGCCUAUAUAUAUAUAUAUAUUCAUACUCAAACGGUAUUUUUUAAACAAACCUUGAUAUUCUAAGUAGGUAUAUAAUUUUCACAUUUUACACAUUGUAACCUUUGUACACCUACUGUAUAGCAAACGCCACUUUAUUCAGUGAGCUCUCUCUUGAAUCAGUUAGCUACAUAGAAGGUUACAGAUAAAGAUUAACAUAAAAAGUGACCACAAACCCUAGUAUGCAAAAUACAAAUAACAACAAUUUAACAUUAGGGGCAACCAAUAAAACAUUUAAUUGUAAUUAUCGAAAAAAAAUGUAUUCUGUUUAAACAAAAUUUCAUUUGAAGCAGUAAAAUAACAAUUAUUAAAAUUGGACAAAUACUUUAGUUAUAGAAAUUAAUGUCAAUAAAAUAAAAUUUAGUUUGAUGCAGUAAAAUAACAAUCAUUAAAAUUGGACAAAUACUUUAGUUAUAGAAAUAAAUUUCAAUAAAAUAGAUUUUUCAAUUAAUUUUACACAAUUAAUAGAAAUUAUGACCAAAGUGAUAAUAAUAUAUAUAUUUAUAUAUCGGGUCAAACCAAUCCAGUCCAAACUAGACUAAAAUUGUAAAAUUGCAUUUAGGACGGCACACUAGAACAAAAGUUUUAGUUUUCUCAGGGAUAAUUGCACUCGGUCUAGCUCAACGGUGGAAUCAAGUUCUCUUGGUUACAGACCUCUGAGUGUGCCGUCAACAGUUUAAACUCAUUUAAUAAUUUAAAUUUCAGGCCACAAUGUUCAAAACAGUUAAUGGAAUAAAGGGAAAACAGUUUGUAGAAGCUUAUAGGGCUUUAGGGGGCUCAUGUAAGUCGCAGGAGGUACGGCGUCAGUAUCCCCGAGCCACGCACAGGAACGAUAAUGGCCUACCUCUAGGCUGAUGCUGUCUCUGGUGGUAUGCCGCAGAUAUCUCGUCCCAGAAGCGUGCACUCGGAAGUCCUGUUGUACAACCACACUACGGCUAUAAUGGGUAGAUUUUCUAACCACUCAAACGUUCUAUAUUAAAACUUUUACAUCGCCUGGAGCAGCAGUGGCCUGCUCCAAGCCUACACCCUUAUCAGCAAGAUGGCGAACUUUUUUAAAAACUUGUUCCUUCGGCCCUAAAACCCACGCUAACUUCGUUUGAAAGCCGGGGCAACAAAGCAUUGUUUCCCGGAGCCAAUCAACGUCCGCAUAGCAUGAUUAGAUCACGGAAAAGCAGUUCAAAACGAAACUUAUCAAAGUCACAAAAACGGUUCAGAAAUAAAAUAUAAUGGUCCGAAAAUUCAUUAAAAUCCACCAAAA